CCAUCAGCCUGGAUUGGUGCAACUGAAUCACAGGAGAUAUUUCCAGGUUUGCUGGGAUGGGAAAUCUGCUCAAAGUCCUUACCAGAGAAAUUGAAAACUAUCCACAUUUUUUCCUGGAUUUUGAAAAUGCCCAGCCCACAGAAGGAGAGAGAGAAAUAUGGAACCAGAUCAGCGCUGUCCUCCAGGAUUCCGAGAGCAUCCUCGCAGACCUGCAGGCUUACAAAGGCGCAGGACCAGAGAUCCGAGAUGCGAUUCAAAAUCCCAAUGACAUUCAACUUCAAGAAAAAGCGUGGAAUGCAGUGUGUCCUCUGGUUGUGAGGCUAAAGAGAUUUUAUGAAUUUUCCAUAAGGCUAGAAAAAGCUCUUCAGAGCUUAUUGGAAUCUCUGACUUGUCCGCCCUACACACCAACCCAGCACCUGGAACGGGAGCAGGCCCUGGCAAAGGAGUUUGCAGAAAUUUUACAUUUUACUCUCCGAUUCGAUGAGCUGAAGAUGAGGAACCCAGCCAUUCAGAAUGACUUCAGCUACUACAGAAGAACGAUAAGUCGCAACCGCAUCAACAACAUGCAUCUAGACAUUGAGAAUGAAGUCAAUAAUGAGAUGGCCAAUCGAAUGUCCCUCUUCUAUGCAGAAGCCACACCAAUGCUGAAAACCCUUAGCAAUGCCACAAUGCACUUUGUCUCUGAAAACAAAACCCUGCCAAUAGAGAACACCACAGACUGCCUCAGUACGAUGACAAGUGUCUGUAAAGUCAUGCUGGAAACUCCGGAGUACAGGAGCAGGUUCACAAGUGAAGAAACACUGAUGUUCUGCAUGCGGGUGAUGGUGGGGGUCAUCAUCCUCUAUGACCACGUCCACCCUGUGGGAGCUUUCUGCAAGACAUCCAAGAUUGAUAUGAAAGGCUGCAUAAAGGUUUUGAAGGAACAGGCCCCAGACAGUGUGGAGGGGCUGCUAAAUGCCCUCAGGUUUACUACAAAGCACUUGAAUGAUGAAUCGACUUCCAAACAGAUUCGAGCAAUGCUUCAGUAGAGCUCUGCUCAAAGAAGAGGAUCUAUGUGCUGACCUCAGAAGAUGUAUAUGUUUACAUAAUUUAAUACAGAUUGAUGUUAAUACUUGUGUAUUUACAUAACCGUUUCCUUCUUGUCACUGAAAUAUAUGGACUUUAAUUUGUAUCAUGACUGACUUAACCCAGCAGAGCAUAAAUUG